AUUGAAACCACCUUUGUUGCAUUUUUCCUCUCAUUUACUCAUGUCACCCGCAACUUCCGCUAUCUAGUUACAUCUUUAUAUAUCAAAAGCCCCUUCAUUUCUCAAACCCAUCUCAGGAGAAAGAGCCUCUGAGCUGUCUGCAUCACUCUUCUAGAAAGCCAUAAAAAUGGCAAGUGGGAAAGCAACAUCUUUGCUUCAUAUUCUUCUUCUUGGAUCUUUAGCUUUGUUGAGCAGUUUGGUGUCAGUGAAAGGAGAAAGCCCUUACAAGUUCUACACUUGGACAGUGACUUACGGCAUUAUCUCUCCUCUUGGUGUCCCUCAACAGGUUAUUCUGAUAAAUGGUCAGUUUCCUGGUCCAAAGCUUGAAGUUGUGACUAAUGACAACAUCAUCCUCAACCUCAUCAACAAAAUUGACCAACCUUUCCUCUUGACAUGGAAUGGAAUAAAGCAGAGAAAGAACUCAUGGCAAGAUGGAGUAUUGGGAACAAACUGUGCAAUCCCACCAAACUCAAACUUCACUUACAAGUUCCAAACCAAAGAUCAGAUCGGAACUUACAACUACUUCCCUUCCACCGCUUUCCACAAAGCCGCCGGUGGAUUCGGAGCCAUCAACGUCUAUGCAAGGCCUAGGAUCCCUAUCCCUUACCCUCUACCAGUCUCAGACUUCACUCUCCUCAUCGGUGAUUGGUUUAAAUCCAACCACAAAACACUCCAACAGCGUUUGGAUUCUGGUGGGGUCCUUCCCUUUCCAGAUGGAAUGCUCAUAAACGGACAAACCCAAACUACAUUUACAGGCGACCAAGGAAAGACUUACAUGUUGAGAAUCUCUAAUGUUGGGUUAUCAAGCAGUUUCAACUUCAGAAUCCAAGGACAUACGAUGAAACUAGUCGAAGUUGAAGGGUCUCAUGUGAUUCAAAACGAUUAUGAUUCUCUUGACAUUCAUGUUGGCCAGUCUCUAUCUGUUCUUGUCACCUUAAACCAACCUCCUAAAGAUUAUUACAUCGUUGCUAGCACCCGGUUCGUGAGGAAGAAGCUUUCUGUUACUGGUCUGUUGCGUUAUUCCAACUCCCGUGUGGCAGCUUCUGGUGCUCCUCCCUCUCUUCCCCCUGGAGAGCUUAUUUGGUCCAUGAGACAAGCCAGAACAUUCAGGUGGAACUUGACGGCAAACGCAGCUAGACCAAACCCUCAGGGAUCAUUCCACUAUGGGAAAAUCAUACCAACCAAGUCAUUUGUUUUCUCAAACUCAGCUCCUUUGAUCAACGGGAAGCAACGCUAUGCAGUGAACGGAGUCUCUUAUGUGAACUCAGAGACGCCUGUAAAACUCGCUGAUCACUUCAACAUAGCUGGAGUGUUCAGCACGAAUGCUAUUCAGAGUGUCCCAUCUAACUCGCGUGUAAUUGUUGCGACAUCGGUUGUUCAAGCAUCACUCCAUGAUUUUCUUGAAAUUGUGUUUCAGAACAAUGAGAAGUCAGUGCAGUCUUGGCACCUUGACGGUUAUGACUUUUGGGUCGUUGGAUUUGGUUCUGGACAAUGGACACCUGCAAAGAGAAGGCUUUACAAUCUUGCUGAUGCUCUUACAAGACACACAACUCAGGUGUAUCCAAACGCUUGGACAACAAUCUUGGUGUCUUUGGACAAUCAAGGGAUGUGGAAUAUGAGAUCAGCUAAAUGGGACAGACAGUAUUUGGGACAGCAGUUUUAUUUAAGAGUGUGGGAUCCAGUGAAGAGUCUUGCCAAUGAGUACAAUCCUCCUGAUAAUCUUCUUCGCUGUGGCAAAGCUAUUGGAAGACAUCUUUAGAGAGAUCAUCUUAUACAAGUUUUUUAACUUCAUCACUUGUCUUUUUUUAUAUUUAAGUUGAUCAUGUGUGUUUGAUGGUUAAUGGGUUUUGUUAUUUCUGGUCAUGAGAGUAUGGCUGGUUUUGAAUGGGCUAUUUACAUUUGUAGUGUGUUAAACACAGUUCAAAGAGAAGUUUAAUU